AUGAGUGGUCCUGAUACAGCAACUGGCGAAACUGGAGUCUCCUCGAAGGAAAAUCGUCAACAACCAACCGAUGGAAAUGUUACUUCAGAAAGCGAUAUUCCAGAGUUGGAAAACGCAUAUGGGGUAGAAGACUUCAAUGGACCAGACGAUGAAGAAACUAGUGCAAAGAAUACGCAACUCGAGGAGCCACGUCUGGAACGUAUCAUGACGAGUUUUUUUUCAGAACGUGUGAAAGACACCCGCAAACGACUAAUUAUCCAAUUCUUUGAAAAUCAUAUAGCACUGGCGUUGCUAAUAAUGUCAGUGUUUUCCAUAUACUGGGGAGCCACAUACGAUAGACCAAAAUACUACCACAAAGUCAAAAUCUUGGCCGUUUUACAAGAUGACGGCGCACUUUCGCAGCCUUUGCCCGAUUUGAUAGACACAGCAUCUGGCCACUGGGACAUUUAUAACUCAUCCAGCUUCCAGGAAAAAUUUCAUGUUCCAGAGUCACAGAUCGACGCACACAUCACCAAACUUGUCCAUGAGCAAAAGUUUUGGAUGUCGCUAAAUGUCAAGCCCAAUGCUUCAGACGUGUUGCUAGAUUCCUUACAAAACUCUUCAGCGCAACCUUUAAACUCUUCCUCAUUUUUCGAAAUUCUUUAUGAAAGUGGUCGCGAUCCCACAAACAUGAAGUCCAGCAUUCUACCUUUGAUGUUAGGUUUGGAAGCAAAAUAUCAGGCUGUUUACAGCUCUAGUAUAUUGCCCAAAAUUAUUGCCAAUGUCUCUGAUUCCGUUGGCAGAGUCCCAAGCGUCAAUGUGGCACAAGCUGGAUCAAUGCUUUUUAGCCAAGUAGAACACAGACCCUUCGACAACUAUGUGUUGUUGGGCCCACUACAAGUCGGUCUGAUUUACUGCAUUUUGCUCACAUUCUUCCAAAUUUUGCUGUUUGCUCCGAUGCACGCGGAAUUUGGUCAAAAGCUGAAGGUCGGCCACAUGCUUCUCUACCGCUUUCUGGUUUCUAACGUCAGCUACUUUUUCCUGUCAUUGUUCUUCUGUUUAGUCUCUCUGGCUUUCCAAGUCGAUUUUGGUAGGGCCUUCGGCCGUUCUGGCUUUUUGGUAGCCUGGAUGUCCUCUUGGUUAUUGAUGUCUGCAGUUGGAGGCGCUAAUGAAAACAUGCUGACACUUAUGGUUGCCCUAACACCUCGUUUCGGGGGUUUCUGGAUGAUUUUUUGGGUCGUUAUUAACAUUUCUCCGUCAUUCUAUCCUAUGGAUCUCACCAACAAUUUCUAUCGUUACGGUUACUUCGUGCCCAUUUUCAACGGUGUGGGUAUUUUCAGAGUCAUCUUUCUAAAUCUGUACCCUGGAAACUUGGGUAGAUAUUUCGGGAUACUGUGCGCGUGGGUUGUGGUUAACUUCUUGUUCUUCCCAGUGUGCGCGAAAACACUUGUAACCCAAAACAAAAAGAAGGCGCUGAAGGCCAAUAAUAAAGCGUGA